UUGUAAGACAGGUACCCUCAGUUCAUUCUCGGUAAGGGGCAGUAGCCUGUGCGAGAGCGAGUGGAGCGCGAGUGGAUUUCUUUUUGCCUGAUUUCUUUUUUUGUUUCUUUCGGACCGUCAUUCAGUGCCUGGAUGGCGUGGGACAGGUGUAACCAGGACUCGGUCUGGAGAGAAUUAGAGUGUGCUGCCUUGGUUGGCGAAGACCAACCCCUCUGUCCGGACCUCCCCGAACUCGACCUCUCAGAGCUUGAUGUCAGUGACCUGGAUGCGGACAGCUUCCUGGGCGGGCUCAAGUGGUACAGUGACCAAUCAGAGAUAAUUUCCAGUCAAUAUGGCAACGAGGCUUCCAACCUCUUUGAGAAGAUAGAUGAGGAAAAUGAGGCCAACUUGCUGGCAGUGCUUACAGAAACGCUGGACAGCAUCCCAGUGGACGAGGACGGAUUGCCUUCGUUCGAGGCCCUGGCAGAUGGGGACGUGACCAAUGCCAGCGACCAGAGCUGUCCCUGCACCCCCGACGGUUCGCCGCGCACCCCCGAACCAGAGGAGCCCUCCUUGCUGAAGAAGCUCCUUCUGGCACCCGCAAACUCCCAGCUCAGCUAUAAUCAAUACAUAGGCGACAAGGCACAAAACCAUGCAGCCAGCAACCACCGGAUCAGACCAACACCUGCUGUUGUCAAGACGGAGAUCUCCUGGAACAGCAAGCCGAGGGGGGGCUGUCCGCAGCAGAGCCGUCUAGUGAGGCGCCCGUGCACCGAGCUGCUCAAGUACCUGACUGCCACCGACGACAUCCUCCUCCAGACCAAAGCCAGCGACGCCAAGAGCGCCUGGGGGGGUGGUGGCAAAGACAAGGGCGGCCUGCUGGGCGCCUCCUCCUCCACCUCCUCGUCGCCGUCCUCCUCCUCCACCUCCUCCUUCUCCUCCCUCUCCUCCUCCUCCUCUAUCGCCUCCAAGAAGAAGUCGUCCUCGUCGUCCGUCGUGUCGCAACAGCAGCAGCAGCAGCAUCACCAGCGAGCCAAACCAACCACCUUGCCACUUCCUUUGACCCCAGAGUCUCCAAAUGACCACAAGGGAUCACCGUUUGAGAGCAAAUCCAUUGAACGCACAUUGAGUGUGGAGAUCUCUGGAACCCCAGGUCUGACACCACCUACCACGCCCCCCCACAAAGCCAGUCAAGAGAACCCUUUCAAAGCAUCACUCAAAACCAAGUUGUCUUCAUGCUCCUCGUCUGCCCUGGCGUGCAAGAGGGUUCGGCUGAGCGAGGCAGGCCCCUGCGGCCCCCCAGCCCUAACCCCGACCCUAGGUGGGGGUCCCUCUAGGAAGGGCCCCGAGCAGACUGAACUGUAUGCCCAGCUGAGCAAAGCGUCCACUGCCCUCCCCAACUCGGUGGUCACCGCAACGACAGGGGGUUGCCAGGAGGAGCCCCGCGGCUUCAGCGACCACGACUAUUGUCAGUCGCCGGCGGCCAGCACAAAACGGGACGCUGACGCUAAUGCGGCUAACGCAGCUUAUGCUACUGUUACCAUGACGACUACUACGACAACCCCUCUGAUGCCCAAUCCGGUCAUGGCAGAGGACAGGCAUGUGAAAUGUAAGGACUCAUCCAUGCCACCCUCCUCCUUUUCUUCUUCCUCCUCCUCUUCUACAUCUUCUCCUACAUCUUCAUCCUCUUUGGCCAAGCAGCUGCAGCAGAGCUCUUACCCUGUGGCUACGGAGGCUCGGGGGCAGGGCGCUCGGGGACAGGACCGGACCCCCACCACCCAGACAAGAGCACCCCCACCACAGACCCUAGAUGGGGACCAGCAUUCCACCAGCAGGAAGCAGCCCCUGCGAGACCAGGAGAUCCGGGCGGAGCUCAACAAGCACUUUGGCCGCCCCCAGCAAGCCAUUUACAGCCAGGGUGAGAAGGGGGGGGAGUUGGUGGUGGAGGAGGGGGGGCAGGGAGGAGGGGAGAAGGUUGUCGCCCCGCAGGCGUCCGAGGAGAACCCUGCUGGGGACGAGUACUACUGCAAGCUCCCUGGUUCUGGUUCUACUGGGUACCUGCACCCGGGUCUCCCGCCCUUCCACGAGGAACUUGAGCUCCAGGACCGUGGCGUGGAGGGGCGCUACCUCUACCCCUGGGAGGGCACCCCCCUGGAAAUGCUUUUCGAGUCCUGCUCGCCGUCCUGCUCGCCGUCCAGCUGCUCCCCCUCACGGGGCUCCGUCUCACCCCUCUCCUCCCUCCUCCUCUCCCCCAGACACUUUGUCUGGCCCCGUUCGGGCUCCCCCUCCUCCCGUUCUCGCUCCCGGUCCCGCAGUUCCUCCUCCCACCACCGGAGGCGCUCCCUCUCCAGCUCACCCGACGGACGCCCCUCCUCCAGGCCUCGUCACAACAUGGACUCCAGCACUUACCGAUCCAGGACCCACAAAAGCCCUCACUCGCAGUCUCGAUCUCAGUCCAGAUCCCCCCUCAGCCGCAGGCCAAGGUACGACAGCUACGAGGAAUACCAACACGAGCGUCUGAAGCGGGAGGAGUAUCGCCAGGACUACCAGAAGAGGGAGUCCCAGAGGGCCGAGCAGAGGGAGAGGCAAAGUGAAAAAGCAAUACAGGAGGAGAGACGGGUGGUGUACGUGGGGAGACUGAGGUCCGACAGCACGCGAACCGAGCUAAAGCGGCGUUUUGAAGUCUUCGGCGAGAUCGAAGAGUGUGCCGUGAACCUGAGAGAUGAUGGGGACAAUUUUGGUUUCAUCACCUACCGCUACACUUGUGACGCCUUCGCUGCCCUUGAAAACGGACACACCUUGCGCCGGUCAAACGAGCCCCAGUUCGAGCUGUGCUUCGGUGGACAAAAGCAGUUCUGCAAAUCGAAUUAUACAGACUUGGAUUCCCAUUCUGACGACUUUGAUCCAGCCUCCACUAAAAGCAAGUAUGACUCCAUGGAUUUUGACAGCUUGCUGAGAGAGGCCCAGCGCUGCUUGAGAAGGUAACAAGUGCUCUAGCAGCCGCUGUCUACCAAGAGGGAUGUCUUGAUACCUCACUAAUGCUUCUGUCCUUUGACUACGAGAAGUUUUACACUCUAUGUAAGAGAGUAUAUAAAGAGGAAUCUAUAUAUAUAUAUAUAUAUAGACCUAUAUAUAUAUAUAUAUAUAAAUAUAACAAAAAGUAUAUUAAAAACAACGUUUACAUGAACAUAGCUGCUGAAGAAGCUGGGAAGAGACAGUACCUGGAAAGCCAGUGAAUCCUCAUAACCCUGUACACAGAUGUGUGUGCUUUACUGCUGUACAACAGUCAGUGAAAGACAAAAACAUUCAUGAGAUUUUUUUUCUUCUCUCCAAGCACUACAAAAACCCAACUAUGCUUUGAGUGGUGAAACAUGUGCAGCUCGUUCAGUCUUUUUUUUUCUUUUUGUCUUUGAUUAUUCUUUUAGUUUUUUUUUUUAAUCUGGUGUUUGGGAUGUGGUGUUACGUAAUUAACGAGAGUAUAGGGAAGUGUAUCUUGGAGGCUCAAGAUAACGUUGCUGUCUAGAUUUUCAGGACAAAAAAUGUAGCCCUGUAUAUACAGAUAUUAUCAAAAAGAAUAUUUUUAUUUUGUGUACAUAUCAAACAAAGUUCUUUAUUUGUUACAGCUAUGCACUGUAAAAUGCAGCCUUUUUAAAAUGAUGAAGACAUUUUCUCAAUUAAGAAUGUCGAUCUGUAGUUAUUACAAUGAUGUAAGACAUAUUGUACACCUACAUGAAGUUUAGGAGGACAUGACAUGAUUGUAAAAAUGUGUAGGAGGCUCAUUUUGAUGGAGCAUGUGAACAAAUUUCCUUUUUUAAGAAUUGUUUUGUUGGGGGAAAAAAGUUACCCAUGUAUAGUUUUAUCUGUUUCUAAAGUUUCUCAAUCAGUGUUUUUCCGUAUACAACAAGUAUAAAAUGCAUUUUUAACGUGUUUUUUCAUGAUUGUAAUGAAACAAACCCCAUUUUUAAUAAUAUUUCUGAAACAAUCAGUAUAUAUAUAUAUAUCAAUUCAUUUUGAUUUCAAUGCUUUUUAUGGUUCUCGUUUUGAUAAUUUUACUCUCAGUGAGAAAAGACUACUACUAUGUUUAAUCUGUUUAAUCAGGAUAAACCGUGCAUAUUUAUCUAUUUAUUUUAAUAUCUGAAUCAAAAAUAUUUAUCCUCUCCAUCUCACAUGGUGUACCUCACACAUUUUUGCUAUUUAUAUUUUGAUUUGAUUUUUGUUAUUUCACUUACAAUCAGUGGGUAAGGUGUACAAUAAUGUGGGAAUAUUACAUUCUAUGCCUUUCAGAAACAAUAAAAAAAAUCUAUUAUAAUCUCCUCGACAGUGGCUCAUCAUGAGAUAUGCUGCUCAUUGUCCAAGUGAUUUCUGUCUCCACAACAGUGGUUUGCAGCCAUGACAAAAUGUCUACCACAUUAUUUUCCUUUAUACACCGUAGAACAUGAAGCAAUAAAAUGAUUUUCCAGGUAUUUUUGUUGUACCACACUGUAAAAAUCUGUUUCGUUGCUCCACACGCUUGAUUAUGUGAAUGCCAAACAAAAGUUUACAAUUUUCUUUCCUGAAUUUUAAAAAAUCUUGUAUUUGAUGUACAAAAUAUAUAUAUAUAUAUAAUAUAUAUAUAUUAUAUAUAUAUAUUUAUAUAUUAUAUAUAUAUAUAUAUUUAUAUAUUAUAUAUAUAUAUAUAUAUAUAUAUAUAUAUAUGAUGAUAAUACUAUUAAUAUUCACAAUAAUUACAAAAAUAAUAAUAAUAUAAAUGAAAGAAAAAGUAUAUAAAAAAGCAAUAAAUUAUUUUUCAAAGUUGUAUUUUAGCUCAUAUUGUUGUGUGGUUUUGGACCCUGACCCAUUACCCAAUCGCUGGCAACAUACAGGGAUUCCAUUCCAGUGUCUUAGCAUGGUCACAUGACCCUUAUCACCCAAUAGAGAACACUUACAGAAUGUUUUGCUCAACACUCGUGUUUGCCCAUUUAGUGUACGUUCAGGUCUGUGUGUUUGUGUAGAACAUUGUGGCAACUGUACAAAUGUAAACUAAUACCAUGGAAAACACACUGUUAAAACUGUAGUGUUUAACAACAAGCAUCCUAGCAUCAAAACAUUUGUCUGUGUAGCGCAUGGCUAUUAAAUGAUGACAGCCGAUACAGCGCAUAGUACUUUGGAUAUCAGGCUCUCCUUUCUAAAUGGCACUACUUGAAUGACAUCUUAUAAGCCUAAAGAAACUACUCAAUACUGCAUGGAGCCGCACCAUUUUCUAUUAGGCGCUGCUGCCACACAGUCCAGAUACCACAGCACCUUCAACGUGACAUUAAAGGUAACCUUGUGCUUUCUGGUGCAAUUAAUAUCCUGUUUAUAGUGCAAGCUAAGUAACAAGAAAAACCAGCCUACAUUGCAAGAGGUAGAACUCUUUUGUAUGAAAGCUUCGCUGAUCACAGGCCACCUUUCAUGAAGUUUGACUUGUGUAGAUGAAAACGAGCUAAUUUCCUUGAUGCAGAGGCAAAAUCAGUGGUGGGGAAAUCUCCCCAUCCACCUGUAUUUCAACAUGUUUUUUAUUUUAUGUACAGCGCUUGGGUAAUGGUGUCGCGUCCCAUUUGAUAGAUGUGGCUUUAAUCAUUGUAAUAAAAUAAAAAAAUCUGCUUUGUAAAUGGCCUAGAGUAGUAAUAUAUUAUAACACCUUAUGGUCCUCAAAAUGUCAACUGUGUCAGACUUUUUAACAAUGUGAACUACUGAGGAAUUUGCCACUGCUUAAACGUUUGUUGGGUGAUCAUGUUUCUUUUGGAAGGACAAUGGUGUGAGCGUGUGUGUGUGUGUGCAUGUGUGUGUUUAUAGGCAGGUGUGUGUGUGUGUGUUGGGCAGAGGGGGGUGGGAGGGGGCGGGGGUAUUGCUUUGGGUUGUUACCUGUUUGUGUCCUAUCCACGUUGCCUUCUGCCAAGUCCUUACCAAUGCCUUUGUGGUUCUACCUAUUGUAUGACUUUCUUGUGAAUUUUGUUUUUAUGUGCAAUUCUCAUCAGCCUCACCAUGCCAAUAAAGGGAAAUGUGUUUGAAAGAAACUCACCUGGAA